AUGAAGCGCAUCGCGGAUCGGCAGAUUCAGCGGGAAGACGGCGACGAUCCGCACUCGAUCGGCGCCGAAGAGCAUGAUGGAGAGCAGAGCCCAUCAGCGCCCCAGGAGCGUCAGCCACGUGUGAUCCGUGGCCUGCCGAAACGCAAAGGCCUCACAGCAUCGCCCAGCGCGCCCCCGACGUCGAAUCCAUUCGCCGUGCUGGCGCAGCCAGAGGCGCCCAAGCCGUCGUCGUCGCCAUUUGCAUCCGUGCGUCUUGCACCGACGCCCCGUCCUCCGGCCAAAGCUGAAGCACAGCCCGCAGAGUUCUGGAAAGGCGUGCGGGGCCUCAACUGGUCCCUCACCAGGCAGCUCGUGCAUGUGCUGAACCAGUCAGAUGAGCUGGCCAACUUGCACGACACGCUGGCCGCUUUUGCACGAAUCUACGCUCGGCACCACGAUGACCUCGCGAGCAAGUGGCUGAAACGCCAGCCGGAGGUCAAGGCUCCUGAAACGCCCCUGUCGGCCCAUGAUACCAAGCCUUCUACCUCGUUUUCCUUCACCCAACCCAAGGAUGCCAGCGCACCUGCUGUAUCGACGAGCUUCUCUUUCACGCCCAAGAGACACGACGCCUCGUCCCACCCCAAGCCACAAGAGACCACGUCGCCAGCGCCGUCCGCUCCCUCUCCCACACCCGCUGUGUCGUCCGCUCCUCCAUCCAAGGCCUUUUCAUUCGGAACGGCGGCACCUCAUACCUCAGCUUUUUCAUUGAGUCAAGCGCCCACGUCGUCGGCCUCGGCGUUGUCCUUUGGCGCGUCGUCAGCCUUGAGGACCGACGCCCUGACACCUGCCAAGAAGCCAGCGGUCCCAGACGAGCAGAAGCAAGACCCUGCAUCUGACAAGGCCAACAACGUGGUCAAAGAUGCCCCGCCCCCUGAGGACGCCCCUCCCGAGAAGGAGUCUGCCCACGAGGAGACAUUCGAAAAGAAAGAGACGCUCACACCCGCCGUCGCUCCUCCCACACAGGAACGCGCGGCUCUGCCCUCUCUGCCGAGCGGAGGAUUCUCAUUCGCAGGCAAGUCUACACAAACAUUCUUGGACGGCAACGCACCCAAGACAUUUACCGGACCCAAGCCUCCUACCUUCCAGGUGCCCGCUGGAGGCUUCUCGUUCGGAGCGAGCCAGUCCAAGGAGUCCAAGAAGGACACCAAGGACCCGCCCACGACGCCAUCGGCCCCAUCCGUGACGACCAACAAGCCCAUUACCUUCGGCUCAGCGACCUCUACGCCAUCGCACGGCUCGCCCACAGCGCCUCACCGUUUCUCCUUCGGCACAAGUCCCCCGAGCGGUGGCACGUCGUCUUCGUUUACCAAGUCGGCGAUUGGUCCCUCUUUCGCCAACACCGCCGGCGUAGCGUCGGGCGGCUCGUUCCAGUUUGGCGCCGCGCCCAUUGCCUUUGGCACGCCGGACCCCCAGGACCAGUCCUCCACCCCCUCCGUAGACGAUCCUGAAUCACGUGAAUAG